AUGAUGAAAAAGGUCCAAGCCUUCGGACAUCGAUAUAAUGAAUUAUUAUUUGCAAGAGAAGAUGGGAGAAUUGAUGAAGGAGAGCGAAGGUCAGCGAGAAGCUCUCCUGACCCUGAUGGUAACAAAGAGAAAGUGGUACCAGUAGAGUUGAGUAGCCCUGAAGUAAAGGAACUAGUGGAAAUGGUUCGGAAAUUCGUCCUAUGGUGGGACUCAGACUUACCUCAGAGCAAUGAGUUACACUAUCGCAUGCCUAUACGAUUCUUUAUUGCAAUUCAUUUCAUCUAUAAAUUGUUACAUGGUCCUUUGUUCAUCCAUCGAAAUACUCCACUUCGUGGUUUGGUUGGAUUGAGGGUUAUGGCUAGUUCGGAGCUUGGUUGGAUUGAGGGUUAUGGAUAG